CGUAAAUCAACCACGCCGGUAAAAAUCUCUUCCGCCUCACACAAAUCAUUCUACCACCCCGCACACGACAAGGCAACUCUCAGCGGACCUUAUCGGCCGGCCUCAUCUCAUCGCACCUACUUGGUCCAACCCGGCGCUUACCACCCGUGUCCGCUCUACCCCGCCCAACACUUGCCGCGUCCACCUAGUUAGUACGCGGGCCUUGUCCACCAUUCACACCACCAUCCAGCGCUUUUCAGAAUCAUAGCCGGCUCGUACCAACCCUUCAGAUGCUAUGGCAAGACGAUACCCGGUAGACGUGCUAGUGUUUCUGCGCGAGUCUCCCUUGUGUGUCAAACCAAGCACGCUCCCCCCUGCGGAAGAAUGGAUGGGAUUGCCACCCGAGACUUUUCGCACUAGCCAGCCAAAUAAGCCCACGACAGACAGGAGUAGAACUGGCGACAAUCCCCUACUUGACUCAAACAAUCGUCGGGCGGGGGUUGACAGACACGUGUCCCGGAACCCUUCCAACCCCGAGGAUAUAGUUCUCGGGCCUCCUCGGACUACGUUUACCUCCGCCAUACUCUCCAGGAGCGGGAAGCCUUUCGACGGUGACAAAGCUUUGAAAGACGUCGAUACUCGAGAUCGUUUCUCUUUCCGUGCCAGAAAUGGCGAUGCAGAUAACUCCGAGCGUCUCCGUGACCGCGAACGAGACCGUGACGGGCGUACCGGUUUCCGUCGCCGUGGCGAUGCAGAUCAGGAUAACGAUGGUUGGAGCACGGUGAAACCUCGCAAGAGCUUUGGUCACGAAGGUGCGGAGCGUUUUCACGGCCGUAUGGGUGACCGACCUGACCGGUUUGGGGGAGAUCGUCGACCACGGGAGCAGGAGGACCGCGAUAACGGUGAUCGGCCGCGCCGUAAUUUUGGCGAGUUCAGUAAAGAAAAAGAGGGAGAUGAUGGUGAGAAACCUCGUAGGAAUGGUUUGAACAGAAACAGAACAGACCAACCCUGGAUACGGGAUAAUAAUGACGCCCCCCCGCCACGCGAGCGAUUCGAUCGAUCGAAAAGUUGGAGAGAAAGGACCAGCGAUGAUCAUCAGGGCGAAGCCGCCCACGACAAGCCGAGGGAGAGAGUGCUUGACCGACGGUGGGAUAGAGACCGGGAACAACGGCAAGAACGCGAGCCUGAAUGGCUCGACGAACCAGCCGAGGAUCAGCCUCAAGCGCACACCCGCGAGGACUUCGAGAAGUUCAUGGAAAACAUGAAAGCAGGUAAGAAUUCUGCUAAAGCCGAAGUGGCUCCUGCAGAGGUGUCCGCGCCGCCGCCGGAGAAGAUCGACGUCGAAAAGACGACAGCUAAACCCGCACCUACUAUCGACAUGGGCCCAGAUAAAUUCUUUGCUGCAUUUGCCCAGACUUCGAAUGUAGAAACGCCGGGUGCCGCCGGCGAAACGACUAAGGAGACCGCCGUUCCCGCGGUAAAGCCAAAAUCCGGCUCUAGGUUCCAGAAUUUCUUCUCCUCUCAAGAGGAAUCCCGCCGCCAGGUCGAGUCCCCCCCUGUCGUCGCCAGUGCUCCGCCAAUGGGCGAGGGUAACCCGCUCUUAGCCAUGGCCGGCGCACAGAACGAUACAGCGGAGAAGGUCGCGUUUCAAGCACUAUUGCAAAAGCUUCAGAAGCAGACGCUUCAGGCCUCCACACCUCCGCCUGGUGGGUUCUCGGAGCCCCCUCCUAGUCAUGCAAUUGCCUCGCCCGUUUCCUUCCAGCCAUACGGGCAGGAACGUCGUGAGGAGCCUCUCGCCCGUGUCCCUGUGCAAAGUCAAGAUAUACACACAUCCAGACCACAUCUGAACCCGCAGUUCGCCGGGGUGCGCUCCGAGCAGCAGAUGCUCCACGACCUUAUUGGCCAGCGGCAUGCCAGCCAAGGUCAAGGCGCGGGACGCUCUGAUCAACCGUCAGGCCGAAACAGCAACAGCAACGCCGAGUUUCUCAUGACCCUUAUGCAGAGUUCCCGGGCAGCACCCGAAACUCGGGGGAACGAGCAACUCUCCAUGAGAAUGCCUCAGCCCUCUCGGCCAGCACAAAUUCUUCCAACACCAGACCGGGACAUUGAUUAUCAGCACGAGCGCAACGCUUCUUUACAGCAUCAAGCCGGCCGCUCCGUGGCCCUACCCAGCUUUUUCGACGAAGCCCCAGCGCACCGCCGGGAACAGGAGACUCGUCCUCAGCAGCCCACCCAGAUUCUCCAGCGACAAGGACCUCCGGGCUUAGAUCAGAUGCAUCCUAGUGCAUGGAUGCAAAAUAACGGGCAGCAGCUGCCUCCUCCAGGACGCCCCAUGAUACCACCACCCGGCUUGGCUGGGAAUCCCCGCAACGGCCCUAUACCCGGGGGCUUUCCCCCGAGCUUUCCCAUGGGCGGGUUUCCUCCCGAAGGAAUGGCCGGCCUGCCGCGCAACAUGGGUCCGCCUCCGGGAUUCUUCGGCGGCCCACCCCCACCUGGAUUUAUACCACCUGGAAUCGGAGGCUACCAGGGAGGACCAGAGAGCUUAACAUUUGGCUUCGAUCACCGCGGUAUGCCUCCUCCACCAGGUGCUUUCCGCCGAAACUGAGACGACGUCGAUUCCAACUAUAUCGAUCGAGCAAGCUGUGUCCUAACCAUAUUCAUGCAUGGGCGUGGUUGGCAGGGCUUGAUACGCCAAAUUAAGGCUUGGUGAAGAAUACCUCUGGUCGCUGUAGCUGGAAGCUAGUUGUGUACUGGUAGCAUCGUGCUGUACUUGAGGAUUUAGGGAAACGCAGGGAAAAGCAAGGUAAUCC